AAAGAUAAAAUAAACAUCUUAUAAAGAAGAGAUCACCAUUGGAGAUCUCUCCGAUUCCUCAGCUCAAAGCAUACCAACCAACCCCACAUACAUACACACACAAGUAUUGUUGCGUUUUCUCUCUCUAAGAAGACUUUCUCUUCCUACGUCUUGGUAUUAUUAUUUGUUCCGGUGUAAUACAUCAAGAAAUGGGUAGUAGUUUCUUUGGGAGACCAAAAAUGGGUGGAUCUUCGUCUUCAUCACCGACAUCGUCUUCUCCGGCAAAGAGAGGGAAGAACAAGAAUGGUUCUGACAAGCCUAAGCAGCCGCAGAGAGGUCUGGGUGUGGCACAGUUGGAGAAGAUUAGAUUACACGGCGAACUUAAUUGCAACAGUUUCAGUACUUACCCUUCUUAUCAUCCCUCAACUUUCAGUCCUCAGGAUGAUGUGAGAAGUCAAGGUGAAUAUCCAUCUAUACCAUAUUCAUCGUCGUCGGUUCAUUAUGGCAUUCAUCCAAACAUGAUGAUGAAUGCAAGUAAUGAUCAAUACGAGAGAACAACCACAAGAUACAUAGAUGCUCAGCCUUACAUAGCACCAAGUUGGAACCCGAACUACGGUAUCUUGGAGAGCCAACAUUUUGUGGAACCAAACACAACCAGACACUUCUUACAUGAGGAUCCGAGAAAUAACUCGUUGGGAUCGGAUAUUGAGAACUUCCAGACGAGUGACGCAACUGAGCCAGAUUUGGAGCUGAGAUUGUCACUUUGAGUAAUGAAUAAAUUCAUAUUAUUUUUAAAG